GAGUGGUGCGCUCCAUCUCAACGGGAUGUGCAGAUGGAGGCCGGAGGAGACGCUGCUGCCCCAGCCCCCGGGGACGCAGAGGACUUGGAGGCCACGCGGCUCCCCAGGGAGGAGGCUGGAGACGGCGGAGGGGUUCCCGGGGACCCCGCGGGUUCCGGAGACGAGGGCCUGGAGGAAACAGGAUCCGACACCAAGGACCAGCCACCCAGCCUGCUGCUGUCACCACUGCCCCAGUCAGAGUCCCCUUCAUGUACCUGUAGACUCUGGGAUCCUGCAGCUUCUGAGAAUAAUCCCAUGGGUGACCCUGAGAGUGGCUCUGGGGUUCAGGGCGGAGACCCCAGUGACGAGGACUGGCGCAGCAAGCGGAAGCAUGUGUUUGUGCUGAGCGAGGCAGGCAAGCCCAUCUACUCGAGGUAUGGUAGUGUGGAGGCACUGUCCACUACCAUGGGUGUGAUGACAGCUCUCGUGUCCUUCGUGCAGAGUGCAGGAGAUGCCAUCCGCGCCAUCUAUGCUGAGGACCACAAGCUGGUGUUCCUACAGCAGGGCCCACUGCUGCUGGUGGCUGUGUCAAGGACUCCUCAGUCAGCAGCCCAGUUGCGGGGGGAGCUGCUAGCUGUGCACGCACAGAUCGUGAGCACAUUGACACGCGCAAGCGUGGCCCGCAUCUUUGCCCGAAAGCAGAACUACGACCUCCGCCGCCUGCUGGCUGGCUCAGAGCGCACACUAGACCGGCUUCUAGACAGUGUGGAGCGGGACCCAGGUGCCCUGCUCCUGGGUGCCGUGCGCUGUGUGCCCCUCGCUCGCCCGCUGCGGGAAGCGCUGGGUGCACUGCUCCGACGUUGCACAGCACCUGGCCUGGCACUCUCUGUGCUGGCGGUGAGUGGUCAACUGGUGACAGCAGCCCAGGAGCGGAAUGUGCUGGCUGAGUGCCGGCUGGACCCAGCCGACCUGCAAUUGUUGCUCAACUGGGUCAGUGCACCGGCCUUUGCAGCGGGGGAGGCAUGGGCACCUGUGUGCCUGCCCCGCUUCAACCCAGAUGGUUUCUUCUAUGCCUAUGUGGCCCGCCUGGACGCCAUGCCUGUCUGUCUGCUGCUGCUUGGCACCGACCCCGAGGCCUUCCAUGACAUGGCCAACUGCCGGCGCCUGGUGGAAGACGGCAUGCUCACCCUUGGUGCCAUGCGUACCCUUGGGGAGGCUGCCAACUUCUCUAAUGCCCCAUCAGCCAGUGCCCCUUCCUACAGUGUGCAGGCUGUGGGGGCACCUCGCCUCCGGCACUUCCUCUAUAAGCCACUGGACAUCCCCGACCAUCACCGCCAGCUACCCCAGUUUACCAGCCCAGAGCUAGAGGCCCCGUACAGCAGAGAGGAGGAACGGCAGCGCCUAUCGGACCUAUACCACCGCCUGCAUGCGCGCCUCCAUAGUACUUCCCGGCCUCUGCGCCUCAUUUACCACGUGGCUGAGAAGGAGACACUGCUGGCCUGGGUGACUUCCAAAUUUGAGCUCUAUACCUGUCUCAGCCCCCUGGUGACCAAGACAGGUGCCAUCUUGGUAGUGACCAAACUCCUGCGCUGGGUGAAGAAAGAGGAGGAUCGGCUCUUCAUUCGUUACCCACCCAAGUACUCCACACCCCCAGCAGCUUCAUCUGCCUCUGCAGACCAAGCUUCCCAUAACGGCUUGUUCACUGGACCUUGAGGGGCAGAACUCCCAAAUUGGGCAGUGCUGGGAACGACCACCUUUGGCUUUUACCUUCUGUCUCCACCCUGGAAGUGAGACAGGUGGGAAGGGUGGGGUGGUUAAAUGGUGGUGUCUGUGGCUGAUCUCUCUCUCCCUGGGCUGUGGGGCAAGAACUGAGGGCUUGCCCACAACAGAGAUGGGUAGCAGCAUAACUGCACAAAGAAAAAAACUAAAGAAAAGGCCUAAACCAAUCCCCACGAGGACAUUCCUUUGCCCUCAUGUACUUCAUCUUUACCCUGUCAAAAAUGACCCCAUCGAUGUUGAUUGCUGCUAAUGUUAGUGAGAAAGGUGGCCUCCAGUCUAGCUGUGUGUGACCAGGAGCAAAGCCCCUGACUUCACACAGCAGCUGAGGUCCAUGGUUUUUACAUAGGAGUUACUCUCACCUAGUUUCUAAGGCUCAUUCUGCUCAUUUGUGAAAUGGAGAUAACUCACCUCUCCCUGGCUGUUAAGAGAGGAUUUGUGAAUGAAAAGGGACUCAGAAACUCUUGUGUACCAUCGCAUAGCACAUGCACGUUUGUCCCAGACUUGACUUUGUGUGGACUCCUAAAAUCUUAAUUGAGAAUGGCCACUGCCACAGACAGCUUUUCUCCUGCCCUACGCGAGCAACCCGGGGAGAGCGCCCUCCGUGGAGUCCCCCACCCGCCCGGACCCCAGUUCUGCCCGUUUUCUCUGAACUGGAGCUGCAGGUUCGCGCCCCUGCGUCACCUCGGGUCACUACACGCAUGCGCGCCGAGAGCCUGUCUGCCCUCGCGUGGUUUUGGUUUUUCCCCACCCAAGUGUCGAAGGCGCAUGCGCCACGUUCCCGCGUUGGGAAAUGGCGGAGAUGCCGGAGCCUGUGAGCGCGGAGCGGCUGGCGGGCCCCCGGGAGGCUGAGCAGGGUGAAGGUGCCGAGGGUGAGCUGAUCCCCCCCCGGCCGGGGCACAAGGGGGAACCUCCGUCCCAUUCCAGUAAAUACUGAUUGCAGUACUCGAGGGGGGAAAAAAAGUAAAAAUUUUAGUCUUUUAUAAAGUCCUGUUCAAUAGUGAGGUUAAUAACAUGCAUAUUCUCACCUAGAUUAACUCCUGUCAGCUUCAUUGGACAAAUUGCUUAGUAUUUUCAGGUAAACAGUACUUCAGUAUGCAUCUCUUCAGGCCGCAGAUGCAGGUGGGCAUUCUCACAGAAACCACGCCGCCGCCUCGCACAAAUUGGGUGAUUCCCGGUAUACUUGAUACUGACGCUCGCCGUUCACGCCGCGCGGACUCGGACCGCGGUUGAGAAGGGCCGGCCGCGGACGGCGUCCCUGCGGGUUUCGGUGAUGACGCCCCACGCUAGUGAGGGAAGAAGUGCCUGCAGGCGGUGGGAACCGCGGUCUAGACGGGAAACCUCCCCGGCGCGCUCCGUGCCGCUAGCGUGUUUUUAACCGUAAGGAUUUUCACAGUGUAUGGAAGCACAGAGAAGGAAUGCCCGUGUGCUCCUCACCGUUUCAACAGUUGUCCACUUUAUGCCCUCCUUUCACCUAUAACCCCCUUUCUGCAGCCUUUAAGCGGCUGUAUUAAUAAACAUGAUUGCAUUCUCUCCGGGCCCGUCCAUGCAGACAACAAUAAUAGAGAUUAUUUGUUUAUUGUCCUAGGAUAUGAGCUUCCUGGGGGCCAUUUAUUGCUGUUUCCCCAACGCCCAGACAGUGCCUGCUUGGCAUGUAGUAGGUGCUCAAUAAUUUUCUUCGUUUAUUGUGUGAGUAAUGAAGCACCUAAUGUGGAGAGCUCUCAGAUGAGGGCCACACUCUGAAUGCCAACGUUCAACAGGACGGACAGAAAUGAGACAGGUGCCAGUAGAUCUCAUUUAUUAAGCACGAUAGCUGCCACUGAUACUUUUAGUGUCAAUCUUUCAGAUUUGUCACAAGUGAAGUUACUGACUUCAUCAGCAAGGGAGUAAAUUUAAAAGCAUAUCAAAUUACCAUUUCUAGCCAUUAAAACUGGCUUUAUAAAGGGAGGGAUAAUAUCUAAUAUUGAUUACUCUGGGGGGAAAGGCGAUCUCUUAUCUCACUGGGAGAGCUGACCAGUAAAGGCUUUGCUAGAGGCAGUUUGGCAGAACAUUUUUAGAAUCUAAAUUGCUGUUUCAUACCUUCAGUUGCCAUGCUUAGUAAUCGGGAGAAUACAGAGAUGUAUGGACCUGAAAAAGGCAUUAGAAUGUUGAUGGAAGCAAAACACAAGGAGCAAUCAUAGAAAUGGCUAAACUUAGGCAUAUUCAUGCAUAUUGUGGGAUGCCUGUGUGGUGGAUAUUUUUUAUUAAGCAGCAGGAGCAAAAAUUAAAUUUCAACUUAAAAGAAUUAAAAAUUAAUUUUAAAAGGAUAAGAUCAUGAUUUAUUGACACAGAAUGAACUCCAGAAAGGUAUUUUUAUGAGAAAAAAGCAAGUUUGCAUAUUCAAAAUAAAGUAGGGGGAAUGUCACCUAUAACCCUUUAUGGGUUGCACAGAAAAAUAUAUGAAAACAAAAGGCCUGAUGAUUUAAUAAGGGACCUGAAUCUUGGAGUGUGCAAAAGUGGAGGCAUUUUUGUAAUUUUUUUGUUUUAUUUUUCAGGAAAAUGUAAGUAGUACUAUGUAAUUUUAAAACAUGAGGAAGGGAUAUUUGAAUGGCAUCCGGGGAUCAUAUAUUAAUAUUGAUUAAUAUUAAUAUCUUGGUUUUGAUGGUUAUACUGUGGUUACCUGGUAGAUUCCCCUUAUAUAGAGGAAACAUACACUGGAACAUUAAGGAAUUAUGGGCCAUGAUGCCUGCAAUUUAUGGUACAGAAACACUCACAAAUGGGAAUCCUGAUACAAGGGCAAGUAGGAGCAUUGUGGUCUAUUUCUACAACUUUUAUGUACAUCUGAAAUUAUUUCAAAAUAAAAUGUUUAAAAGGUG